AUGUUGAGUACGACGCGCUUCCGAGAAGCGAUCACUUCCAGAGUUCUGCCUCACCUGUUCGCUACAACCUGGUCCAAAACAUGGCACGUAGAAGCCCCAGCCUUAUAUACAGCGGAACCACGAGGAAUUCCUCAGCGAGCUCCAUGUCCUGGAGGUCACCGAGGCAUUGGGAUUCUUUCGGGUGGUCACCAGCGCGAACGAUCCUUCAUGAGCGACCAGGCCGGGCGUGCUUCAGCAAGCGCGGCGAGACAUGUCAGACGAAGCCGGCAUCCCCAUGCUUCGUUCCGAGGCGGAGGCUUUGCUGCCGAGCGAAGCAAUUUCCUCACCGGACAAAGAACUCACGGGACGAGCGCAAGCAGGCGAGCAGGCUUGCACCGCGUAAUGCACACCUCAAAUCCAGACGGAGCAAAGGGCCCCAAAGUCUCCUACCGACGUGUCAAAGCACUGCGAGGAAAAAGUGCUCCCCUUGGCGACGACGACAAAAUUGGCCCAAAAGUUUCGGGAAAAGGACAAGGCGUCCGCGGACGCGCCCCGAUUCGACCCGAAUUCAAGUUCCUCGUUGCGCUCGCGAGCGAGAGCGAGCCAAAUUCGCUCGCCGUCCCAAGGCAGCAGCGCGAGCCCACCACCGGCUGCGGGCGGUCCCUCGCGCGAGAUCGGGGCGUGUCCGGUGGCGCCGACGGGCUAGCGCCGGUGAGAGCCGCUGGAAGGUCCGAGGUCCAUUUAUGGAAGGUCACCGCGUGCCUGCUCCUCCGUCCCGAGGUCGCCCGCCAACGGUGCUCCCGGGACCGAGAGCGGGACCGAGGCGCGGGCCGCGGGGAGUGGCCAGGACACAAGAGAUUCCCGAGUUCCCAAUGGCUGGACACUCCACCAAACCGACCCACUUCUCGCAGCGCUGGUCUUCACCGGGUCCGUUUCCUGCCCAGGGCCGCUGGGACAGACGGAUAG